AUGAGCAGGUCGUCCAAUAAUACUUCACAGAAUCACGCUCCUUCAAAAGUCGUUUAUUUGGGGUCUAUUCCCUAUGACCAGACAGAAGAACAAAUACUGGACCUUUGCAGUAACGUUGGUCCAGUGACUAAUCUAAAAAUGAUGUUUGAUCCACAGACUGGUAAAUCUAAGGGCUAUGCUUUUGUCGAAUAUAAGGACCUGGAGUCCAGCGCCAGUGCCGUGCGAAACCUUAAUGGGUACCAGUUUGGAUCUCGACUGUUGAAAUGUGGUUACGCUUCUAACUCAGAUAUAUCAGUUUCUGAUUCCUCACAACAGCAUUCGGGUCCAGGAUUGCAGAAUUCGACCUCAUUCGAAGACAAUGCCACCCUAAGGUUCCCAGAACUGCCCGCAGGUAUCGAUGUCAACAUCAAUAUGACCACCCCAGCUAUGAUGAUCUCCAGUGAGUUAGCCAAGAAGAGCCACGAGGAGCAAUUGCAAUUACUACGUGUGUUUCAAGACUGGUGUCGUGAGAAUCCAGAGGACGCAGUUGAACUGCUAAAAGAGUGCCCACAAUUGAGUUAUGUGAUCGCUGAGCUGCUCCUGACCAACGGUAUAAGCAAAGUCGACGAUUUGACGCAGCUGGCAGUACAAAAGGAUGAUGGUACCGGUGGAGCAGGCGACAGCAGCAACCAGGGAACGGCCACACCGGUAGACCCAGAGACACUAAACAAACAGCGAGAAUUACUCAGUAAAGUGCUACAACUGAGUGAUAGUGAGAUUGCAGUGCUACCAGAUGACGAGAAGAUGUCACUGUGGGACUUGAAACAGCGUGCCAUGAGAGGCGAGUUCGGCAUCAUAUAA